AUGUCUACUUAUGCUCAUGAUAAAACUGAUAAGACCAAGCAUCAGCAUUCCAGGCAAAAUAGCGACAAAACGUCCGAAGGUCCAGAUGUCUCCGAGCUGUACAAAGCAAAGUAUACAGCUACCAGAGGAGAUCAUCUAGAGAAGGCGAAUAAGUUGAUAGGAAGGGUUUCAAAGUAUAUCAGUGCUUGGACGAGUGUAUCCGAAGGGUUGAGGACAAACACGAAUCUUCCGAGAACUGAUGCCAAUAACAUUGUGGGAACAAUUGUUAAACAAAUAAACGGAUGGGAAUCCUUAAAGAAUGCUCUGCAAAGAAUAAAGGACUUGAUUACUAGUACCACAGACUACAAUGGAGACACAUUCAAAAAGGCUUGCGGGACUCUGGAUUCACUUGAAUCCGACAUAGACAAAAAGGGUAAACUCCCAGAACUAGAGAGGUAUAGAGUUUGGACGCUGUAG